AUGGUUUGGAAAAAAACAACUGGUUAUGUUCCAUUUUUUGGCGUUAAAGUAUAUGAUGAAUAUGAUGGACGUCGAUCAAAAUGGCAAAAAACUAAAAUGGAAAAGGCAAUAGUUUGUUAUAUAAAUGGAGUUCGAUCAAUUGAAAAAGCUCUUGCUACAUUUGGUAAAGAUGGUCACUUUCAAAGUUGGUAUUGUUUAGCUUGCAAACUUCAUUUACUAUCAGAUUGGUUUCAAUUAUUGAGUCAAUGUAGUGAUGCAUGUCUACAACAAUUUUAUGAUCCAUUGAACAAUUGUUUCCGUCAAGAAAAACUUAAUCAAUUUAUUGUUAAUAUUUUGCAGCCUCUUAAAGAGUUUGAUUUUUCUCAUUUGGAACCAGCAUUGCGAAAAGGACUUUCUGGUGUUUAA